AAAAUUACUGAAUAAAUUGGUCAAAAACAGAUUUAAAUUAAAUUAAUAAAUUCACCUGCAUUUUAAUAGUUCCAUUGGGAGUUCAUUUGAGUUGCAUUUUACAUUCCAUCUUUGAAUCCAAGUUCCAACUCCACACACACACACACUAUAUAUAUCUAUAAUAAUUUGUUUUAGAUAAAUGUUUAAAAUACAUACUUUCCCAAUCAUUUUUGGAAUUUAGAUUCUCGGGAAAAUGGAAAUAAAUCUCAGAAAUAAAAAAAUCAUGAAAAAAUUCCGAUUUCUGGUAUCUUGCUGAAAAGUUGUUCAAAAUCGAGAUCUCAGAUCAGAGGUGCGGAGCAUUCAAGUAGCUGAAUUUCUGUUUUUCUAUAGAGAAAGAUGCCGGGGCAUGGGGAUUUGGAUAGGCAGAUAGAGCAAUUGAUGGAGUGCAAGCCGCUGUCGGAGGCGGAGGUGAAGAUUUUGUGCGAUCAGGCGCGGGCGAUUUUGGUUGAGGAAUGGAAUGUGCAGCCGGUGAAAUGUCCCGUUACUGUGUGCGGUGAUAUCCACGGCCAGUUCUACGAUCUGAUCGAGCUUUUCCGGAUUGGAGGCAAUGCUCCAGAUACAAAUUACCUCUUCAUGGGAGACUAUGUUGAUCGCGGAUACUACUCAGUUGAAACUGUCACACUUCUAGUGGCUCUGAAAGUCCGUUACAGAGAUAGAAUCACAAUUCUGAGGGGCAACCAUGAAAGUCGACAGAUCACUCAAGUGUAUGGGUUCUAUGAUGAAUGCUUGAGGAAGUAUGGCAAUGCCAACGUGUGGAAGUUUUUCACUGACCUUUUUGAUUAUUUGCCCUUGACAGCUCUUAUUGAGAGUCAGAUUUUCUGUUUGCAUGGGGGUCUCUCUCCAUCACUCGACACCUUAGACAAUAUCCGAGCUUUAGAUCGCAUACAGGAGGUCCCACACGAAGGACCAAUGUGUGAUCUCUUGUGGUCUGAUCCGGACGACCGCUGCGGUUGGGGCAUAUCACCCCGUGGGGCUGGCUACACCUUUGGACAGGAUAUAGCUUCUCAGUUCAACCACACCAACGGCCUCACUCUAAUCUCAAGAGCACAUCAGCUUGUGAUGGAGGGUUUUAAUUGGUGUCAGGACAAGAAUGUGGUGACCGUUUUUAGUGCCCCAAACUAUUGUUACCGUUGUGGGAAUAUGGCUGCAAUUCUUGAAAUUGGGGAGAACAUGGAGCAGAACUUCCUUCAGUUUGAUCCGGCUCCCCGGCAGAUCGAACCCGACACCACGCGCAAGACUCCAGAUUAUUUUUUGUGAACUCAGCAACUACCCUUAGUGCAUGCCUGCAACUAUGUUACUGUAGAUGUGUCGUAAGAAAAGAGUAUUGUUAUUUGAGAAUUAUUUUCUUCUACACCAUUCUUUUGUUUGGAGUUUGCUCUCCCUACUUUGGUUAUGUGCUCAAGAUAUUUGAUGCAGAGUUAGUUCCUGCAAGGAUGGAGAUGGAGUUACUUGUUUUUGCCUUUGUAUAUGUUAUCCCAAGUGAAAAAAAAGGAGAAAAAAAAACAGAAUUUGUGACCUCUAA